ACCGCCCCAGCCUGCAAGCAAGGAAGUGCUCAUUAUCCCAGUGUGACAGGACCGCUCCCAGCCACGUCUCCAAGCAAGCCGGAGGUGCCUCCUCCUGCUGCCGACCAGCUGACCACUGCCUGGACCCACCUGGGGAGAGGGCCCUUCUUGUCUGAACAUCUGGGAAGAAACCCCUUCUACCAGCUGCAGGAUGGGCAGCAGCAGAAGGAAGGUCAUCUGGAUUCUGUGCUUUCUGCCGCUUCUCCUUGAAGCUACUUCUGCCAAGAAUAUCUGGAAACGGGCAUUGCAUUCAAGGCUGCCUAAGAAGUCCCACGCCCAGGAAGAGGAAGGGCCGGGGCAGUCGGCCGAGGACAGCUGCCCGCCGCCCCCGCGCUCGCUGCCCCCUGGGGCCUGUCAGGUGGCGCGCUGCCGGGCCGACUUAGAGUGCUCGGUGGACCAACGCUGCUGCUACAAUGGCUGCGCCUACACCUGCCUGGAGGUGGUGCCGCCCCCGCCAGUUGUAGAUUGGCUGGUGGAGCCGAAACCCCUGUGGCUUGGUGGCAAUGGCUGGCUCCUGGAUGGCCCUAAGGAGGUGUCUCAAGUAGAGCCCUGCAGCACCACAGCAGACGGCGUGGAGCCACUCCUCUGUCCCACAGGCUACGAGUGCCACAUUGUGUUACCGGGUGACAGGGCCAAGGGCAUCCCCAACCACGGGCACUGUGUCAAGCAGCGCCAGCAAGCAGAAAAGCCAUUCCUAAACCACAGAGAUAAGAAAGAACAUCCAGAGGGCAACUACAAGAUCGUGGGGGAGCAUGGAAAAGGACAACGGAGGCACGUACAAUAAAGCAGUGACAGCAGCUGAUCUGCAAGAACGUUCCUCACAUGCUUCCGAGACUUGAAAACAGUUGUUGAAAAUGCUUUCACCAGCUCAGCAGAGCACGACCCUAGAGAUGCCAUUGGACAGGACACCUGGCGCCCAACCCCAGGGCGGCUGGGUGACUUUGUGGAAGCCACCGGCCAUCGUUGGGUCUUGUUUCAUCAUCGAGGAAAUGCCCAGGGUCUCCUGGGACCCUGCAGCUCUGCAGAUGAGACCCUGGGAAGAAGCCACUGCCUGGCGAGCAAGUCCAGAGCUCCUUCCUAACCCGGAGUUCCAUGUCUGGUUAUUUACAGCUUUGUUAUUUAUAGGUCUGACCAUGGGAGGCGUCUACCCAUCCCUCCCAGAGCCUCAAAAUAUACCCAUACUCUCAAAAUGUAUUCGCUCCUUAUAAAAUAAAAAUGAACUUACCCAUUCA